AUGAUCAGGCCAGUGUUAGAAAGCAUGGUCUUCCGGGUGACGCUGGUUGCCUGCCUCAUCUUCGCACUGUUUGGAGGGGGUCUGUUUGUUGUUUUAGAUGUGCCUGACGAUCCGGGCAUUUUGGUCCUCGACACCUUGAUGACAGCUGUCACAAUCCUUUUCCUGUUGGAGAUGGUCAUUAAUGGGAUCGUGGACUACAAAACCUAUCCACUGUCCUUCUUCUUUUGGAUGGAUGCCCUGGGCACUGCGUCAAUGAUCUUUGAAAUCUCGACGCUCCUUGGAAGUUUCGGCAAGAUGCAGACUGCCAACGGGUCAGUCGACGCCAUGCUGAUGCGCACAGCAAGGGCAGCCAAGGUGGGUGCUCGGGUUGGACGUCUGUCCAAGCUUAUGAAAUGUCUGAGCUAUUACUUGAGGGAGAAGGACAAAAAUAUGGACAUGUCAUCUAACCCGGCAGAGGCCAAGAAACUGUCGACCCGCUUGAUGAUGACUCUGUCCACGAAGGUGUCGUUCCUGACCAUUUUGUUGGUGCUUGCGGUGCCAUUGUUCACAAUUGGACAAUACCCAGAGCAGGAUUUGUCUAUGCUUCUUUGGGCCAAAAGACUGGAGACGGAGUACAAGCGUGCCUACGAUCAGUUGCAGGGACUUCCAGCAGGCAGCACAUCUACGAUCUUCAAGGACUCAGUGUUGGAGAUGAAAGAUUUCUAUACGAUGGUCAACUACUUCGUGUACGAGAUUGACGGCUUUGACAAGGAGGUGAACAUAUCAGGAAAUAUCUCUUACAUCCCUGGCGCGGACGAGCUUGUGGACAUGCCUGGCGUUAUGCAGAUGUCGGACGUUUUUCGUGUCUCAGUGCCGCAUUGUUUGGUGGAGCGGCCAGAAUGUCCAGGGAACGCGCACAUGUACUUCAACUUUCACAGUCCUCGACGGAUCGAAGUGACGGAAGACAUGGCCUUGGCGUUUUUCAUCAUUUUGCUCAUGAUCGGCGUCUCUACAAAUUUGAACCAAACGCUUCACAAGCUGGUGGUGCAGCCAAUGGAAAGCAUGCUAUCCGUGGUCAAAGAUAAUGCGGCCCAGUUGCUGAAGCAGUUUGGACUCGAAGACGACAUGGAGCAGGGGGAAGAAGAGGUGGAGGAAACAGAGUUAUUGGAGGGCAUUUUCAAGAAAUUUGCACGUCUGGCGAGCCUCGCGGCCGGGCGCAACGAAGCCACGGCUGAAGAGCUGGCAGGCAUGGAUGAGUCCGCCAGGGGAGUCAUGAUGGACAUGAUGAAUGUCCAGGUGUCGCCACCAGUCACAACUGACGCAGCUGCUUCAAGCUCUCUGCGAAACAGCGCAGUGUCAGGGGGGCCCACGACAGGGUCAGAAGGUCCAGAAAAUGGGGAAAUGUCCGCAAUGCUGGAUCUACCUGACGUGCCCGUAGUGUCUUCGAUGCCUGUCCCAAGGGACACGGUGGAAUCCUGGGAGUUGGACGUUCUGUCCAUGGAUGCAGAUGCCCAGACAAAGGUGGCGCUUCACAUUUUCUUCGACUCCUUUGUGGGACGAACAACGGGUCGGUACUGGACAGAGGCAGCAACCUUCAAGCGUUUUCACUCGGUUGUUAAAGCGGGCUACAAUGACCUGCCUUACCACAACUAUGCUCACGCCUGCGAUGUUCUACACACAGUGUACAGAUUGCUCUGUUUGUCUGCAGCCAGCAAAUGGCUCGGCAGUGUUGACCAAUAUGCACUCCUGGUUGCGGCACUCUGUCAUGACAUUGGGCAUGCUGGCCGGACUAACCCAUUCUUGGUAGAGCUUGGGGAUGACCUGGCGCUGCGAUACAACGACAAGUCCCCGUUGGAGAACAUGCACUGUGCAAAGCUCUUUGAGAUUGCCUCCAAAGAAGAGUCCGACGUUUUCAAGUCGAUGGAUAGGGAUAACAAGAAGCAAGCCAGGCGAGUUUGCAUCGCAUCAAUCCUCCAUACAGAUAACGCGAAUCACUUCGAGAUGGUCAGAGAGAUCAGCAAGAUUUACGAAAUGACAUCAGAAGUGUGCAACGCACAAGCUCGGCAUCCGGACAUGCUUCCUCAGUAUGUCGAACAGGUGAUGCAGAAAAAUUGCAUGCAGUGGGUGGAACUUUUCUUGCACUUCGCUGAUGUGUCCAAUCCCUUGAAGCCGUUUGAUAUCUGCAAAAAGUGGGCUUGGCGGGUGUUGGAUGAGUUCUUCGAGCAGGGCGAUGAGGAGAAGCGUCUUGGCCUUCCCGUUGGAAUGCUGAAUGACCGCGACAAGAUCAAUCGGCCUGGCUCGCAGCACGGCUUCAUCCAGUUCCUUGUUGCACCCCUCGUGUACACAACAGUGAAGAUCUUCCCUGAACUACACCCCGUGUAUUCACAAAUGGCGGAGAACCUUGACCAGUGGAAAGUCUUGUGGGUGGCAGAGACCGCUCCCAGUGAUGAGGAUGUUGCGAAGAAGGAAGCAGACGUUGCAAAGAUCAAGGAUCAAGCCCUGGAGCUUGAGACUCGAGUUCUUUGA